CUGAACAGUGAGUCCUCCACGCUUUCCAACGAAUUCCACUAGGCACUAACCACCGAUUUCAAUUUUCAAGAAUGAUGUCUGCUGCAGAAUCUGCGCAACCUUCUGUAUUGAACACACCACCAUCACAGAGAGCCGUGCAACAGAUUCAGAUUUCAGAGAAAAAAAGAAAGAAAAUGCUUCUCCAGAAGCUAAUCAAUGGAUUCCUCUUCAUAUACUUUCUUCUCCUUUCACUACAAAUUCCAUUGUUGAAUGGUCAAAUAAUUUUACCCACUGAAUUCUUUCCUAAAUUCCUUGUCGACUUGGUUUCAAAAUACAUACAAGAAAACAAUGAUUAUUUGAUGUCUGAGAAGCCCCAUUUUCGUGUUGGACUAGCUUGGGUUGAACUUCUUCUUCAAUGGCCUCUCGCUAUUGCUAGUGUCUAUGGGUUUCUCAAGAAAAGAUCUUGGGUGAAAAAGACUUGCUUGGCUUAUGGCGUUUCUGCUUCUACUAGCUUGGUUGCAAUAUUGUCGGAAUUGAUAGGAUCGGGAAAGGGUUCACCUAAGCUUGUAAGUGUUUUUUAUGGACCUUUCAUGGUUUUUACUAUACUCUGUAUUCUGAAUGGACUCGAUACAACAUCGUUGUUAUCAGUUAAUCUCACUGCAAGACCACCAAUGGCAGCAAGAAACAAGAGGGUGUAAUUCUCUCAUGUUAUGUUGUUGUGCACUUCAAUUAUAGUCACAUUUUCUACCGUUUUGGUAUUUUGCUGUAACUAUCUAGUCUUUGUGAACGUUGCAGUGAAUGCCGUACUAAUUAUUGUAUUAAGUGCAAAAAUGUUAAAGAGGAAAUUAAA